UAUAAACGCACUGACAACAAGCUCUCAGCGCAGAGAUCCGAGAGAAAGAAUCGCAUGUGCUGAAAUCAACCACAACAUCGGCACAUCCACCAUGAAGGCAGUCAGUCCGGUGAGGUCCGUCAGAAAACCUGCCUUGUGUUUUUCGGAGCAUAAUCUGGGCAUCUCGCGGAGCAGCGACCCGCUCAGUCUACUGUACAACAUGAAUGACUGCUACAGCCGGUUGAAGGAGCUCGUGCCGAGUUUACCGCAGAACCGGAGCGUGAGUAAGAUGGAGAUCUUGCAGCAUGUUAUAGACUACAUUCUGGACCUUCAGAUCGCACUGGACCAGAACCCGCUACAGCAACAGCAGCAGCAGCUUAGCCUCGGACAGAGCCCUCCAAAAAAGAGUGUCAGAUCACUGGGAGCUGAUAUCAGCAUCAUCUCUUUCCAGCCCAGUAACCCUCAAAGAGAGAUCAACACAGAUGACCUCAUAGCCCUGUCUCGUUGAAAUGGUGUUUCGGUCGUGGAGCAAAAACAGAGGCUUUUUGUGUUUUUUUUUGUCCCGUGUCAUUCUCCUGGACUUCAUCUUGAAUGACAAAGGAUUUCCCUCAAACGGACAAAAAAAGAUUCUGACUUAGUUGUAUAUGGACUCUCCAAUUCUUUCUUCCAAAGGAAGAUUAAAAGAGACUGAAGGAAAAAAAACUAAUUACGCAAUCUUAGAAAGAUGUUUUGUUCUUUUGUGUUGUAAAGAAAUUGAGGAAAAAAAUGUACUUUUGUUUUCUCUUUCUGCUGAAAAUGUGAUGUUUAUAAUAUUACAGAAAUUUUUAUAAUUAUAACGUAAAUAGCACUUUUAUACUGUACAUAAUUAAAUGCAAAGUAUGAAGUCAGUGUCCUUGUCUGAACAAAUGUUACAGAUGCAAUGUUUUUUGUUGUAUUUUUUGUUUUUGCAUAUACAUAAAGCUUAUUAACUUA